CACGUUUGGCAGUUUGCAUGGGUUCUCAGGGAGAGGCAGCUUGCUCACUUUUAAAUCACUCAUCAACCAGGUACUUAAAUAGACUCAAUUAACAUACACUUUACACAGACUACAAUUAGGCUACAGACUCACCGAGUUAACAUUGGGAAUUCCAAAUAAGGAUAAGUGGCAAAUGAGUCUAUAAUUUUUUUAAAUACAAGAACACUCGGGUCUGGUUUGAUUAUGUGAACGUAUGUGAACAUGGUGAGGGUGAGGGCGAGGGGGGUAUCUCUUUUUCUUAAUGUCAUUUCGUGUCUGACAGGUCUUUAGGGUCUAGACCUCUGUGCUUUAUAGACGAUCUUUGUUACCGGUGUCUACUUAACACAAGGUCGGUUCAUGGUUCACUCUCACAAACCUAACGUGACUCAGGUUGAGACGUAGAUGCUGUCUCUUAACGUGCCGUGUACCGUAUUUACGCGGCUGUGUAUUUUAUUAUGAACGGAGAGAGACUACAGUAAAUAAGUGAAUUCCUGGGCGGACAUUAAGGGAUUUACUAACAUGGACGGACGCGUUUGAAACCUGACGCAAUACCGCUCACCGCCUGCUACCAGCUAACUUACAUUGCUAGUUAAUUCUACUGUGAACCAUUUGUUAGACUGAUAUUGCAACCUUACUGGACAACCGUUUUACUGCGUUGUGAGAGCUUAAAUUGUAACUUGUUAUUGGUUAUUGUAGAGCUACCUCACAUUGCCCCGCUGUAGCUACGAGCCACAGAGGACCGGAAGUACUUCCCUUCAAAAUAAAAGUAGGUGUAAAGAAAUAACUAAAGUCAUUUCUGUAUCUUCUGAGUUAAUGUUGUGUGUAUCACUAUGUGUCCACUUGUGAGUGGCUAGAUACUUUUUUUUUUUUUGUUAUUACCCAGUUUAACACUCAUAGUGCUUAUGAUAACUUCCUGAAUAACUAUCCUGAUAAGCAGCAUGGGCAUCAGAGUAGCUGUGAGCUGCACUGUGUUGUAUACCCUACUGGAUGUGGUUGUCACCACUGUCAUAUACACACACGGAUCACACUUGAGCAUAUUCAAAAAGGAUGCCCUGAACUUUAACAUCCUCCAGUCAGCAUUGGACCUCUGGGGGACUGUGCUGCUCAGAGCCUCCCUCCUGCUAGGUGCCUCCAUAGGGGUGUCAUGGAAUAGAAAAGACGGCCCACCGAGGGUCGCAAAACUCACCACCCUCAUUGUCCUCCUCUGCCUGAUCGUCGCCACCUACGCCCUGGCCAAGAUGCUGAUGCUGAGCGAGCUGGGGCCUCUGAGCCACCAGCCCUGGAUCCUGAGCCUGAUAUGUUGGACAUGUGCCUCAUCUCUGGGUGUCCUCCUGCUCUGGAGACUGCUGGGGAAGGAGUCCAACUCGGCCAGCAGUCACUACAACAGCAGCAGCAGCAGCAGUGGAGGAGAACGGGGCUCCCAGGACACUGACAAGCUGGUGGAGACAGCUGGUGAGGAGGAGCAAGAGGUGGGGUGUGAGAGGAGGAAGAAGGAGAAAAAGGAGGAGGAGGAGGGAAGCCAGGAGAAGGAGAAGACCAGCUCUGGGGCUACACUGGGACGUCUGCUGCUCUACUGCAGAAAGGAUGGUGGGCUGCUGUCUGUAGCCGUCCUCUUUCUCAUCAUCUCAGCUGUGUGUGAGGCCUUCAUACCGUACUACUAUGGGAAAGCAAUUGAUAGCAUUGUGGUUGACCAGAGCAUGGAGCACUUCGCUAAGCCUGUGAUCACGCUGUCAGUGCUGGCGGUUGCCAGUUUCCGUGUGGCCCUGGUCAUCAAUAACAGACCCCACCCCAAGGGGCCCCACCAUAUCACCCCCCCCAGGACACCCCAACCCAGGUGGGCGCCCCCCCCCCAACCUUCAGCACACCCCCCCCCCUGCACCACCACCCCAACACUAACCUCCACCACCCUCCCCUGGGGGACGCCCAGCCAGCACCCUGAAUGGUGCCUUCAGGGCUUCCUCUCCGGUGUGCCCUCACCGGAACACCACAGCGACAACUACAAGGAAAUGUGGAUCUCAGAGCUUGCUUUAGAGGUUGCUAUCCUCUACUAUGGCGGCCACCUUGUAAUAACCGGUCAGAUGAGUAGUGGUUCCUUGAUAUCUUUUUUCAUAUACAUGCUCGAACUGGGAGAAUGUCUUCAGAAUAUUGCAUCGGUGUACACGGGCCUCAUGCAGGGAGUUGGAGCUGCUGAGAAGGUUUUCGAGUACCUGGACAGGGAACCCAAACACCCAGCUGAUGGCACAGAGGCUCCAGACACAUGCACCGGUGUGGUGGAAUUUAAAGACAUCAAGUUUGCCUAUCCAACACGCCCUGAGACUGAAAUUCUCAAGGGAGUGUCAUUCACUUUGCGGCCUGGGGAGGUGACCGCCCUCGUGGGUCCUUCAGGCAGUGGAAAGAGCUCCUGCGUGAGUCUGCUGGAAAACUUCUACCUUCCUCAGCAAGGCCAAGUGCUGCUGGAUGGAAAGCCCAUUCACACCUUCCAGCACGACUACCUCCACUCCAAGGUAGCUCUUGUUGGCCAAGAGCCUGUGCUGUUUGCGCGGACGGUCGAGGAGAACAUCACCUAUGGCCUGACUGACGUCCCAAUGGAGACUGUGGUGCAGGCUGCCAUCGAGGCGAAUGCUCACGAUUUUAUCACCUCCCUCUCUACAGGCUAUGGAACAAAUGUUGGAGAGAAAGGCACCCAGUUGUCAGGGGGGCAGAAACAAAGGGUGGCCAUUGCAAGAGCUCUCAUCCGCAACCCUCGUGUUCUUAUCCUGGACGAGGCGACCAGCGCCCUAGAUGCAGAGAGUGAACACAUUGUUCAGAAGGCUCUAAACAACAUCAUGCAGGAGCGCACGGUGUUGGUGAUCGCCCAUCGGCUCAGCACUGUGGAGAAGGCAGACAACAUCAUUGUGAUUGACAGGGGCCAUGUGGCUGAACAGGGGUCUCACAGUCAGCUGAUCGCCAGUGGGGGGCUAUACUACAAGCUGGUGCAGAGGCAAGUCCUGGGCAUCGAGACAGGGGCAGAGGUCCUCAACAAACCCGAAAAACUCAGCUGGAAGUCUGAUGGUGGAAGGCAGAGGAGAAGGCAAAGCAGCAGUGGCAGUGGCAGUGAGUCUGAACACAAUUUGCGCUACUGAGAAUGAACUGCAGGGUGUGGUAAUGGGAUUGGACUGUUGGAAGGGUUGAUUAUUUCUGGAUAUUCUGGGAUUCAAACCAUAUGUACUGUAGAAACUAUUUGUGCAGAAAUUCAGAAGUGUAAAGUUCCCUCACUGAAAUCCAGGAGCGUGAUAUAUUUUAUUGUAAUUUGAUCAUGUCAGAAUCCGGUCAGGUUGAGAUCCACUCAUAGACAAACUGAGAGGUACUAUGAAGUAAAAAAUAUAGUUGAAUAUCUUAAAACAUAUCAUAGAGCAGUGAUUCCCAACCAGGGGUACUUGUACCCA